AUGUUUCCUUACAUAGUAGGAGGCUUCGCCAUCCUCCUCUUCUUCUAUCAGCCCGUGGUUGAGUUUUUCUCUCCAGACUCGGGCCGCGUCAUCCCGCACACGCCGCGUCCUGCCAUCAAUGAGUCCCUCUUAGCCAUAGACGCAGCCAAUGAGACGGCGCCGCUCAACUGUCCCGAAGAUGCAUACUCGGUGCAUAUCCUCUCCAAGGCGCCACUGGUCAUCUAUGUAGAGAAUUUUAUAUCCAAGGCGGAAAGAGACAACUUGCUCGAACUCAGCGAGCCGCUCUUCACGCCCUCGACCCUGACCAGCGACGGGCGCACGACGUACCAGGACGCCUCGGUGCGCGACUCGGCCGUGGCGCUGCUGCCGCGCACCGACGCCGUGCGGUGCGUCGAGCGGCGCGCCCUCGCGCUGCAGGGCUGGCGCCGCGACCUCUGGGUCGAGCGCCUGCGCACCCAGCGCUACGUCGCCGCCGGCCACUACGCCCACCACUUCGACUGGGGCUCCGGCGCCCGCGGCUGGGGCCGCGUCAGCAGCAUGAUGGUCUGGGUCGCUGCUGAGAAUCUCGAGGGCGGAGGCACGGAGUUCCCGCUACUGAGGAAGAACGGCGACGGGGAUAAGUGGUGUCGAUGGGUUGAAUGUCCCGGUGGGUCAGAGGGCAGACCUAGCGAUGAGUCUCGCGAAGAUCGGGUCCCAGAGGAGGAGGACGGGCUCGGCGUCACGUUCAAGCCAGUGGCAGGAAAUGCCGUGUUCUGGGAAAACUUCAGACCCGAUGGCACGGGCAGGGGGUGGGAGGAGACUUGGCACGCCGGGCUGCCGGUCAAGUCCGGGGUUAAGGUCGGCCUAAACAUCUGGAGCUGGGGUCGGUUGGACUAA